AAACGAUUAAUUUAGUAGCAACUCAUAAGCCGCGACCACGCGACACAACGCGCAGCUAUGUCCAACGAGGAGACUUCCGCCGACCGCAAUGUCGAAAUCUGGAAAAUCAAGAAACUUAUAAAAAGUCUCGAAAUGGCUAGAGGAAACGGGACUAGCAUGAUUUCAUUAAUUAUCCCUCCAAAAGAUCAAAUAUCAAGAGUAAGCAAAAUGUUAGCAGAUGAAUUUGGUACAGCAUCAAAUAUCAAAUCUCGUGUAAAUAGAUUGUCUGUUUUGGGUGCAAUUACGUCUGUACAACAUAGGCUAAAACUAUAUACUAAAGUGCCUCCAAAUGGCCUGGUGAUAUAUUGUGGUACGAUCGUAACAGAAGAAGGAAAAGAAAAAAAAGUUAACAUUGAUUUUGAACCUUUUAAGCCUAUUAAUACUUCUCUUUAUCUUUGUGAUAACAAGUUUCACACUGAAGCACUAACAGCAUUACUUGCUGAUGAUAACAAAUUUGGUUUUAUUGUUAUGGAUGGUAAUGGAGCAUUAUUUGGUACACUACAAGGAAAUACUCGCGAAGUUCUACAUAAAUUUACAGUAGAUCUUCCCAAAAAGCAUGGAAGAGGAGGACAAUCAGCACUUCGUUUUGCUCGAUUGCGUAUGGAAAAACGACACAAUUAUGUUCGAAAAGUCGCAGAAGUAGCUACGCAACUAUAUAUUACUAAUGAUAAACCUAAUAUUGCUGGCUUAAUUUUAGCGGGUAGUGCUGAUUUUAAAACAGAACUUAGUCAAUCAGAUAUGUUUGACCCAAGAUUACAAGCAAAAGUUAUAAAAUUAGUAGAUGUUUCAUAUGGUGGUGAAAAUGGUUUUAAUCAAGCUAUUGAAUUAGCUGCUGAAUCUUUGCAAAAUGUAAAAUUUAUCCAGGAAAAAAAAUUAAUUGGUCGUUAUUUCGACGAAAUUUCGCAAGAUACAGGAAAAUAUUGUUUUGGUGUAGAAGAUACUUUAAGAGCAUUAGAAUUAGGUAGUGUAGAAACUCUCAUUUGUUGGGAGAAUUUAGAUAUUCAACGAUAUGUUUUAAAAAAUCAUACAAAUGCAGAAGAAAAGGUUUUACAUCUAACACCAGAACAAGAAAAAGACAAAACUCAUUUUACUGAUAAAGAGAGUGGAGUAGAAUUAGAACUUGUAGAAUGUCAGCCUUUGCUUGAGUGGUUAGCAAACAAUUACAAGAGUUUUGGUGCCACUUUGGAAAUCAUUACAGAUAAAUCUCAAGAAGGUUCUCAAUUUGUAAGAGGUUUUGGUGGUAUUGGAGGUAUAUUGCGGUACAAAGUGGACUUUCAGAGUAUGCAGUUGGAAGAUGUUGAAGUUGAUACUUUUGAUCUGGAUGAUUAUUAAAUCUGUGACUCAACAGACAGUUAUUUUAGCUUCAGAGGAAAACAUAAAUAUAUGUUCUCCCUUGCAUCAUAUUUCAAGAGAGGCACAUAGAAGGACAUGUUUAUAAAAUUUAUUAUGAUGCAACACACACAUCAUGAAAUUAUUCAUUAGAUUUCAUUCAAGCAAUUCAUAGUCGAUACACAAAGGUGAAAAGCACAAGACGUGACGCGCCGAUAAUCCAUGUCCAUGAUGAAAAAAAGGCAACUCGAAGACUGUGACACUUAAUUAAGCCAGCUUGAUACCUGCCUAUCUCACACAACAUUAUCUUGUAUUACAGUUACAUUCUUUAAUUAUUCACAUGGAUUUAUUUAAAUAAUUACACGCGUUACAGUGCUGAAUAUGUUUGUACAGUACACGGUCGGAGAUAUAUCAUAAUUUUGUAACAAAUUGAUGUUAUCAUCUCGUCGUAAAUUUUACAAUUGAGAAGAAAAAACGUAAAAAGAUACUCAAAUAGCAUGAGGAUGAAUGUAGCGUUAUUUUUGUUCAGAUACAAUCAUGGAUAAGCUGUAAUAAACUGAUUAUCAUGAACAUGAAGUUGCGUAUCGUGUAUUCUAUACCGAUUACUAAAUUCAUAUGAAUAAUGAAGAGUUCUGUAUAUAGACUUAAAUUUUUAAUGGCACUGUUGCCUUAGACAUAAGUUAAGAUCGCGUAAUAUCCCAGGAAAAUAAAAUCUUUCCGUCUCAUCGAGUGAUACACAUAUAAACAUAUAAGAAAUAAUUUUUCGUAUCUACAUUAACUUUGCUGGCUCUCGACUCUUAUAUUUUGUACACUCAUAAUUGUAUAUAACAAAUUCUCCGCAAGUGUAUCGAGAUAUAUCUUUUCGAUUGUUACAACGGUGCACUCUAUUAGUAAAGAAGUAUCUUCUGCAAUAUUUAAGUGGCAGUUAUUGAAAAUAUUACAAAAUUUAUUUUAACAUUGUUAAUUUAAAUUGCUUAUUCAUAUGAUGCCUUUGUAAUAAAUAAUAAUAUGUAUGUAUAAAUGUGAGAAGAAUGAAACGUGCAAUUUUGGUGAAGUAUCUUUUAUGAAAUAUCGCUGUAUAGUAAAGAAGAUUUGCAAAUAUUGUGAAUCUUUUGAUGAAAAUAAUGUAUUGUUAAUUAAUAGUAUAAUUAGAUUAUUUAUACUAUUAUAACGUAUGUGAUGCAGGGAUAAAGCUUUAUGAAAACUUCAUCAAAAUAGAACGUUCAACAAAAAUGACCUGGCUUAUGGUAUGUGCACAACGAAUUCUAAACAUGAUGGUUUAAAAGUAUUGUAUCUGUGUAUUGUCUUCAAGGCAGCGAAAUGUUGAAUGUCAGCUUAAUGUUUCUUUAAAUUUUUAUAUGUAAACAUUCUUUCAAUAGGAAUCUAGAUAAUUAUUUAUUACUAUAUCGGUGCGAUUAUUUCUUCUGUUUAGCAGAAGAUUAUUUUAAGUAUACAAGAUUUAGUUCUAUAAUAAUUCGGUAAAUGUCUGAAAGAGAUAGGGAAAAUCUGCGUAAUAUUAAAUAAUCUUUGGUUCUUUUUUUUUUUUUUUUUUUUUGUUUUUUGAUUUUUAUGUAAGGUAAGAGAAAAUGAGUAUGCAAAAGAAUGCGCAUAAAAAAAAGAUUAGACGUCGUACAUUUCAUUUAAACAAAUCAAUGACGUACUUAGAUUAUGGCUUGCCUAUGAUCUCUUCCAUAAGCAUAGUUGUAUAAUCUGCUAACAGAUUUAUAAUUUUUGGCAAUCUUAUUCUCCUGUAUUGCUACAAAAUAUUUUUGUUCCUUCAAAUGUUACAUUUAUCUAGCAAGGCAAUACAAAGAUGUAAUCGUUAUAAGUUUUGCUUAAUCAAAUUUUUCAGAAUAUGAACUUAUUAUUACCUCAUAUUUUAUAUGUAUUGUACGCAUAAAGUACAUUUGUGCUAUGUCCUAAAAAUUUUAACUCAUCUUUACUGAAAUGAAUUAUGAACGGUAAAAAUGAAUUUUAAAAUUACGUAAAAAAUUGUUGGCCGUACCAUGAUACACGUUCUAUUAACCCCAGAAAGACCGAGGCUCGAACCAUUAUGUAAAAAACUAAUAAGAGAUAUACUAAGUCCACCUAAGUUUUUCAUGUUUUAAAAGCAGAUAUUUUAAUAGGAUGAGUAAUUUUGGAUUAUGCGAAAUAUGAAUAUAACAUAUAUAUUAAUAUUUUGUAUGAGAUUUUUCAUUAAUAAUUUAUUUAACCCAAUCGCGAUACAUCAGAAUUUAAUUCUUCACAAGUUUCGUAUAUUAUUACAUUAUUUGAAUGUUUUUUACAUAUAUGUUAUUUACAAUUAGUACAAUAUUGCUUUGCCUUGGAUAAGUUAUAUUUUAUUCUUUUAUUUCGUUUCCGAUAUAUUUGUAGCAGCAUCCUUUUCCUGUUGGUUUUUUUUGUUUUAUUUUUUUUCUUUUUGCUGUUAGCUCCUUUAUUUUUUCUAUAUUAUUUAUUAUAUGCUUUUGAAAUCUUGUUAAAUUCGGAUCCCUAACUAAUUGCUUUUGAAUCAAUUCAUUGAAUAAUCCUCGUAAGAAAAUCUUUUGUGUGUUCAUUUUUAUUAUUCUAAUUUAGAUUUGCUAUUAUAAAUAAGAAAUAUAUAUUUAGAGCAGCAAUAUUUAAUGUAUAAAACAUAUAGAGAAUUCAUCUCCGAUUUCCACGUUUAUAUGAAUAUAUUCUUGCCGUUUGAUUUGUGACAAAUUCCUCUUAGUUGCAAUGUAAGAUAUAUUGAUAUCUGUUUUUCUAUCAAUAUAUCUAAUUAUCAAUUUUUCUAUGCGAAUCUUUAAAGGAUAAAUAAAUUUUUAGAAAUUUUUUGAAUGAAAAAAAUUUUUUUCAAAUUUUGUAAAUAGUGGACUCGAGGAAGGUCUUUCCCCCUCCUCCCCCGGUCUUUCUAGGAUUAAUAAUAUUUUGUGAAGUGAUAAAGAGGGAUAUUGAAAUAAUGAUAAAAUAAUAGUUUUCAAUAUUUAAAUAAUGUCUAUUAAGAUGAAAAAUAUUUUAAUUUUGAAAAUAGAAAUCACUUAAAUAACAAA